AGUCUCGAGAGAAAAAGCCCAGGCCCAUACUGCCGAUCUGUUGAAACCCCAAACAGGAAACCCUUUCUCGCCGUAGCUGAAGAAGUCAUGGCCUUGGCCGCCGCCCUCGCUCGAGCGGCAACGCGCAUCCUCCACGGCGGCUUCCCGCCGCACGCCACUUCUGCUGCACUCUACACCCGCAGCCGCCUGUUCUGCGACCUCCCCGCCGGCAACGAGCCCUCCGCUCCGGGGGCCAAGGAGGAGCAGUGGGAGGCGGCUGAGGCGGAGAUCCUCCGCGAAGUUGGGCCCGUCGUGGAACUUGUCAAAAACAUCCUCCAUUCCAGGAGAUAUGGAGAUGGUGCGUUUUUAAGUCCGGAAGAUGAAAAGGUUGUGGUAGAAAAGGUUCUUGCUCACCACCCCCGUUUCGAAGACAAGAUUGGUUGUGGACUUGAUGCUAUUAUGGUUAACAAACAUCCUGAUUUCAAGAUGUCCAGAUGCCUGUAUGUGGUUAGAACAAAUGGCGAUUGGGCGGAUUUCUCAUACCGCAAGUGUCUCCGGGCGUACAUCAAAGGGGCCUAUCCAUCCCAUGCGGAUAAGUUUAUAAAUAAACAUCAUCUAGUUCAGAGGCGGUCACAUCUUGGUCUACUUCCUCCAAAGUAGAAACUACCUAUAUAAUGUUGCCAUUUUCAGGUGGCUGGCACCAAAAAUCUGUUUUGGUCCUGCUUACUAUCGACCCUCAUGGUGCAUUUUGCGUGUAGAGCUGGUCGCACCGUCUCCUUUAGCCUAUGUUUGGUAUGUCAAGUGAAUGAGGUCACUGUCCAGGCUCUCUUUGAAAGCAAUGUGCAAUAUCCACUUUGUUGCUAAAUCAUCUGGCACUAAAUCCUUAAACGGCUAUAUUCACGCGUA